AUGGCUUUCCAGAUCGCAUGGGCUAUACGCACAUGCCAUGACAAACGCAUUGCUCAUCUCGACAUCAAACCUGAAAACGUUCUUGUCAAUGAAAGAGGCUAUCUCAAGCUGGCAGACUUUGGUCUGUCUGCACACAUAGGUGGCGCUCACAGAAAACGUGGUGUAUCCAUCAACAGAGGCACUUGCGACUACUUCUCUCCAGAGCAGUGCUUAGCGCGCAUGCGGUGUAUGGCUGCGGAUCGGCGACGCCAGCUGCAGCAGCAACAGCAGGGAGGUCAGCAAUCAAACCAGCAGCAGCAACAGCAAUUACAGCAGCUGCAAAAGCAGCAGCAACAGCUGACUGAGGCACUCCACAAUGCAGGGAGUGGCAUCGGCAGUAGCUUCGAUGAAAAAAGCGAUAUUUGGAUGCUCGGUAUCUUGGCCUUUGAAUUGUAUUUCAAGGCACCCCCCUUCGGCUCUCAGUGUAUGGUGCAAGAGGAAGAGGUGAUGAGGAACAUCACAUCCAAGGGAUGGACUGAGAAAAUAACGGCAGAGGCUCAGCACAAUGUCGCCAUCAAAGAGAAGCUCAAUGGCAUGUCUUCUCACUUCAGAGCAACAGCAGCCGCAGCAGCCGCAGCAGCGGCAUGGCUAUGUGUGCUCUUCGCUGCGUAA